CUGAAUAUUGAAAUAUCUUCAGCAUUUGGUUUUUUUUUCAGAAAGAAUGUGCAGAGUGUAGCUACGGAGCUGAAGCGUCGUCUUGAUUACCUCAAAGAGACAGAGGAGACAAAGAAACGGUUUGAAAAGGAGCAGAUGCUGAGAUUUAUUAGCGAAGGGGUUGAAAGGGAAGCGUCGGAGAAAUCAUUCAAGGACAAGUACCUCCAGAAUGCGAUACAGACUUUGAAAGGACUUCAAGUUCAGGUCUAA